AUGUCGCGUCCCGCAAGCCAGAUCAGCGACGCGGAGCGCGACUCGGCGAACGAAGAUGUGCAUAUGUCCAAAGACCUCAAGGCCUCUUCCAGUGAUCUGCCCGGCGUAGCCCACCUCGACCAGGCCCAGGCCCGAGGACUGCGCAUCCCCGAGAUCCUCGCCAAACUCUCGCCCGCCGAGCGCCUCGAGCUCGAGAGGAAGCUGCGCAAGAAGAUCGAUUGGCGAUUGCUCCCCAUGGUCAUCCUGAUGUAUAUUCUGAACUACAUCGACCGCAACAACAUCGCCGCGGCGAAGCUGGCUGGAUUACCCGGUGACUUGCACCUCAAGUCGAGCGAGUUCCAGACGGCCGUCAGCAUCCUCUUCGUCGGGUACCUUAUGAUGCAAAUCCCUUCCAAUUUGUUCCUGAAUAAAAUCGGCAAGCCAGCCCUUUACCUGCCAACAUGUAUGAUCAUUUGGGGGAUCAUUUCUGCAGCAACUGCCGGAGUGAAGAACUUCGGCGGGCUUAUCGCGGUUCGAUUCUUCCUGGGUUUCAUAGAAGCAGCUUACUUCCCAGGAUGCCUCUACUACCUGAGUUGCUGGUACACACGACAAGAGCUGGGUCUUCGCACAGCGAUGCUGUAUUCCGGAGCCCUCAUCUCCGGCGCCUUCUCGGGACUUAUCAGCGCUGGGAUUACAGCUAACAUGGACGGCGCUCAAGGCAUCGCUGCAUGGCAGUGGCUAUUCAUAAUCGAGGGCGUGAUCACCGUGGGAAUUGCGUUUGGAGCAAAUUUCGUGCUGCCCAACUUUCCUCGCACAACUUCGUGGCUGACUGAGGAGGAGAGAGCCCUGGCUGUCUGGCGACUGGAAGAGGAUAUUGGUGAAGACGAUUGGAUAGACAGUAAGCAGCAGACCCUGUGGUAUGGGGCGCGACUGGCCUUUGCCGAUGUGAAAACCUACGUGCUAUUGGUCUUACUCUUCGGCAUUGUCGCGAGCGGCUCCGUCACCAACUUCUUCCCGGCUGUGGUGAAGACACUGGGCUACAACAACGUGGACACACUCCUGCUGACCAGCCCUCCAUACGUUCUCACCGUCAUUGCGUCCGCUAUCAACGCCUGGCAUGCCGAUCGUACCGGCGAGAGGUUCUGGCACAUCAGCCUCCCUCUUGUGGUCGCACUGGUAGCGUUCAUCAUCGCGGCCACGACUACGGCCACUGGCCCCCGGUAUCUGUCUAUGAUGCUCAUGGUGCCCGGAAUUUACUCCAGUUUUGUUGUCGCGCUGGCUUGGAUCAGCAACACCCUCCCUCGUCCACCAGCGAAGCGCGCCGCCGCUCUUGCGUUCAUCAACGCCGUGUCCAACUCUUCGAGUAUCUACGCUAGUUACAUGUAUCAAGACAGCAUGGCGCCUCGCUACGUCAUUGCCAUGUCGGUCAACUGCGUGACCACCACCAUGGCCAUCGUGGCCGCUACGGUCAUGUACCUCAUGCUCGUCCGGCUGAACAAGAAGCUCGACCAGGGCGUCUUCGUCGAGGGCGCUGUCAAUGCCCUGCCGGGAGAGGCGGCUCGUCAUGGGUUCAGGUUCAAGGUUUGA